AUGACGGCGAAAAUAGUGAGCUACAAUAGCGACACUGAUGUAGACUCGGUCAAGUCCGUUCAAUUAAAAAUCUUCUACACCUUUGAUACAUUUUGUAACCCCGAGCAUCUCGCACGCUGGCCGCACGUAUUACAUGUACCGACCUUCAACCUAGAGGAUGCACAUCUAAUUGGUCUUGUGGACUAUCACUUAUGUGUUCGUGCCAUUUUAGAAGCGAGUCCUGAGGUUGUGGCGCGAACUAGACAAGACUACACUGUAUACGCCCACGACUAUUCUGAGCCUGAAUCCCCCCUCGUAAGCCAGGGACUCUUGUCUGAUGCUUUAGGUGAAGCUGAAAGACCCAUUAAUAGAAAUAAGCAACUUAUCACAGGACGUAUUGGUUAUAAUAACUUGGCUAUAUUUCCCGGAAGUGUCACGACUACGCUUCAAGUGAAACUCAGGCUCAUGACCCUUCCUUCACUCAAUCAUGCCGAAAUUAUCUGCAAAUGCCGUAACCUAGGACUGACUGCCUUCAACUCUGUGAAUUCUCGCGGCUGGGUCAUGAACACACAAAACACUGAUUGCGAUGUAUCUACUAACUAUGGCCACCUUGACAACGGUAGUUUCAUACAACAAAAAAUAUCAGAUAAUCUUUACUGCAAUCAGCCUCUCACCUCACAAGCAAAUGUUAUGAUGAAAUCACUUGCACUCAAUCAGUCUCUCUCCGAGGAGGGCAAGGAAAAUAAAAGGAAUGACACAACUGUAUCCGAGAAUCCAAGAAAAACUCUGAGACCUGCAUUAGGAACUUGCACAAAGAGAAGCAGAGGAAGGACAUUAAGGCCAGCUUUUCGUGGUGUCAGCGAAAACCCAUCCACCCACGAGGACGGAACAGACUGCGAGGAAAAUCUUCCUAAAAAAAGAGUCAAAUCUCAAAAGAUUAACAACAAUUUGAGGCAAGUACCUGGCCAAAAAAUACACUCUCACAAGGUCGCUGCAGGCUUUUCUGGCUCUUUACCAUCACUAAGGCCUAUUGCUAUCAAUCCUAGUUAUUCUGAUUCAGUAACAAACUACAGAGGCGAAAUAGCCGGUGACCCCACACCGGCAUUACGAAUAGAGAGUUGCAAUCGUCCUGAAACACCAUCUGAGGUUGGACUAAGUCACCCAAGGACCAAAAUCUGCUCAAAAGUUACCAGAUCCUCCACAUCCCCUAAUACCAGAGCUAACGAUCAACUACAACUAUCCAUCGAAAAUUCACACGCUUUCACCGAGAGGAACGUAAGCCCGUUUGAUUCCGAAACGCCUCCCGGCCUAACAUCCUCACCGCCAACUCUCAAAGUACCAAACCCCACCCGCAUACGUUCUAGUCCUCAGUGUCCCUCUAGUCCAGUUUUGCCACGAAUGCCUAAAAUAGAUUCCGGAUUUAUGAGCGGGUCUAUCGAUGAACUCUCUGGUGAGGCAGAAAUUGAUGAAGGAGCAGAGCCUCGAGUCACAAAUCCUCCGCGGCGGUCUCGUGCCUCGAACAAGGAGACCUUAAAGCCUCCAAAAAAACUUGAAUUCAUUAUUGAGGAAGAAUAUCCAGGUCCAAUGAACCUAUUACCUAGAACAAUGCCAAUAUUUCAGCCACCGACCCGAAUAAGGCAAGCUGAAUCCAGCCAUGAUAGUACAAUAUCCGAAAUUAAUCAAACACUACCAAAGUUGAGAAAAAAAAAUCAAACUAUCCGUAGCAAACCGAUUCCUCAACAGACGGCUGAUCUACCAAGACCCAAUCCAGGUUCAAUGACCCUCCCGACGCUUACUGAAAGAUCUGAAUUGCCAACUCACCUGGCCCCGAGUAGUUUAAACCAAAUAUCAAACCAUGCUAAGAGAGAACCGGCUCCUCUCCGAUCUUCUCGCUCAAUUUCUCCUACUUGGGCUGAUGGAUCAUGCACAAUAGAUGUCCAUUCUUCUACAGACCCAACUGGCGCUCAUUCCAACAGUAUCAAGCCAGUCUCAAUGCCAGUUUCACUAGUUCAAAGCCAAUCAAGUUCGAAGAAAGAAAUGAUCAGACACAAAUUAGAACUGGCUAUAGCAAACGGUGAGAUGCCUCCGUUUUGCUGUAACUGUGGCGCAAUCGAGACGCCCACGUGGCGGAAGGCAUGGUCUAAGGAGAUGAAAGGCGUACCUGGAUAUUUCGAAUAUUCCGACGAGCCUGGUCGUGUCACCGCAAUCAUAAUUUUGACGCGCGACCAUAAUGGUAAACCAACUUCCUAUCAUCUCAUCAAAAAAUACUUGGGCCAAGAUGAAAAUCAGGAUGACUACAAUGAGUAUCUACUAUGUAACCCCUGUGGUAUCUGGAUGUCUAAAUACAAGACCCCUCGUCCAGAAGAACGUUGGGAGAGCCAUUUUGAGAGAUCCAACAGAUGUGAGCCAAAGAAGCGACCAGCACAACGACUAUCCAGGUCGCGCAAGGCCCAGAACACUGCUCUGAACGCCCCUCCUUCUGAGACAAAUUUUCUGCCCUCUGAGGCAGCCCUACCUUCGUCUGAACCUACCUAUUCAUCGAUCCAUAACCAGUUACCUUCCACCAAAAAUGAACUUGUAGCAGAACCAUGUUUAGAAACUCACGAAACGAACCCGCAGAGUUUAGACCCCCUUGUUGUGGACAAUCUGAUUAACGUUACUUCCGUGAAUGAAGUUACGUCUAUCCAGCGGGGCAAAUCAUCAAGCCCAGACCACACAUCUGGCACCGAACAAAGCCCAAUUAAUCUUGAAGACACACCGGUUGAGAAAUGUCACCUGCUUUUUUCUUCACCAGUAAAUGGUGACUCUCAUAAAGACACGAGAGACUGUUCAAGCAACACUAUUCCGGUGGGCAAUAACAACGGAAAUCCGGAGAAAAACUUGUCAAAGAAGUCAUUCGAAGCAAACACCCAUGAAAAGGCAGCGUUCAUUAGCGCGUCCGACGCCGAUAUGAUCAGACUCUUCGAACAGGAAUUAAAUGUAGAAAAUGACUCAAGACCUGCCACUCCUUCUGUACUGCCUCGAACAACGCCUCGCAAAAGCCCAAAAGAAUGCCCUAUUUCAUGUGACUCAUCAGAAACUAUUUCUAUCAAAUCAUCUGAUGAUCAAUUUAUCCUGCAAACACCUGGGAGUAUAAAGUUAUCUCCUUCCCAUUCUAAUAACACUAGUGAAUCGCCUUUCACCGCUACCCUGAACAAAAUGAUAUCAGAGGCAAACAAAGACAACACGCACAAUGACGGGCAUGACCUUGGAUGUCUCUCCGAACCGUCUGAAGGCGAAACCGGUAUGGAUAUUAAUUUUAACUACAACCUCGACAAUAUUUUCAAACCCGAUUUCCCUUUCACGAACAAUUCAUUAGAAGUAAGAUUUAUCUCCAACCUAGGCAGUACAAGCGGCGUAUCUAGCCUUGAUUGGAGUGGCUUUGAUCAAAUUAGCCUAGGUUCGAAGCCCCAAAACGUAGACUCGCUGUUCCCGGGAGAUAUGAUGACCCCGCCACCUCCAAAGUGUGGAGCACCUCAAGAAAGUUUAGAAACUGCCGCAUUUGACUCUGUAACAUAG